GCCAUCUUGGAGGGUCGCGGCGGUAGCAGCGGCGGCGGCGGGAAGAGCGUCUGAGGGACCCAGCGAGACGCCCAGGCUGAGAGGCCGACUCCGGCUCCAGCUCCUCUCCUUCCCCCAUUCCCCCGCCCCGAGGCCACGCAGGGGGGCCCUGAGCCCAGCAGGGAGAGAUGAGCAGCAAUAGUAAUAAGCGAGCACCCACGACAGCCACCCAGAGACUCAAACAGGACUACCUGCGAAUUAAAAAAGACCCAGUGCCUUAUAUAUGUGCUGAACCUCUACCUUCAAAUAUCCUUGAAUGGCACUAUGUUGUACGGGGACCCGAGUUGACGCCUUACGAAGGUGGCUAUUAUCACGGGAAACUAAUCUUCCCCAGAGAAUUUCCUUUCAAACCUCCUAGUAUUUAUAUGAUAACACCGAAUGGAAGAUUUAAAUGCAAUACAAGGUUAUGUCUUUCGAUUACCGACUUCCACCCAGACACAUGGAACCCAGCGUGGUCGGUCUCGACCAUCUUAACAGGCCUUCUUAGUUUUAUGGUUGAAAAAGGUCCCACUCUGGGCAGUAUAGAAACGUCAGAGUUCACAAAAAGGCAGCUUGCAUCACAGAGUUUAGCAUUUAACGUCAAAGACAAAGUCUUCUGUGAAUUAUUCCCUGACGUGGUGGAGGAAAUCAAGCAGAAACAAAAGGCGCGAGAAGAUCUCCACAGCCGGCCCCUGACCCUCCCGCUCCCGGACGUCGUCCCCGACGGGGAAGCCCACCACGUCCAGAACGGGCUGCCCCUCCUCAACGGUCACAUCCCAUUGGCCGCUGCCAACAACCACCCCGGCCUACAGCAGGCCAAUCGGAACCAUGGACUCCUGGGCGGAGCUUUGGCGAACUUGUUUGUUAUAGUCGGCUUUGCGGCCUUCGCCUACACGGUGAAGUACGUCCUGAGGAGCAUAGCGCAGGAGUGAAGGCGCUGUUUUUCCUCCCUCCAACCCACCCACCUACACCCCUCCCGGUUCCAAGACCAAAAUUAGUGGUAGCGGCAGGAAAACAAAACAAAAGCGUAUGGGACUCCCUAGGUAUCUUAUUCCCGACUCUGGGGUAAAUACCGCGAUGUACAGGUAAAAACAAAAGUUUGGCUCAUGGGUUUAGUUUUGGGGAUGGGGGAAGGGGGAAAGAACAACCCACCUUUAAAAAUUUGUAGAAAAUGCAAUUUGGGGCAGAGGAGGAGAAGAAAUGAGUCGCGUCUCGGGGCAGGUGAGGUAGGAUUCCUGCUUUUAAAAAUAGACUAGCUAGCCAAGAGGAAAAACGGUUUCUGCCUACCUCUCCCUCUCUCCCCGCAAAAUGGCAUUGUUGUGUUGUUUUUACUUACCUCAGAAUCAGUUCUUGAAUUCUUCAGCUCUUUUUCAGUAUUCACUUGGGUUUGCACAUUUUGGAGACACCAGGGGGUUCCCCAUGUCAUGCCAGGGUGGGAGGGGGAAGGCUGCAUAACCCCCUGAAUCUGCCAAUUGACCCCUGCAUUCUCUCCUUCCGCCUUUUGGUCUCUUUUGAUGCAUUCGACUGCCAGUCACACCUUGGAACUUCCUGUUGUGUGAAGCGGUUUGUAGAGGAAAAACACAGGGGGUGGAGGAGGGUAGAGGAAUAGUUGAGCUGCCUCCCCCUCUCUCCCAAAUGCCAUCGCUUCACGUGCUGGUGCUCAGCUGUCAAGCGCGUCGGUCUGCUCUUAGGCCAAGACGUUCAUCAUUUUUUAAAAAAGGGACACACUUGACGAAGCAUCUUGUGUCCUGCAUCUGGGGUGAGAGAUGUUUUCUUCACAAAGAGCUAUUUUUCUUUUUAAAAGUAAAGAUUACGAUAGCGAAGUGGGGGGGGGAGGGCAAGGCACUGCUUGCGCUGCCGUCCCCAUGAGAGCCUUGUUGUGCCAAGAGAGGUAGCUGGUUUGCUUUGUACGAGUGGAUCUUUGCCUCCUGCCAUCCCACACAAUCAUGGCUAGUCCAGGCCCCUCAUGGUAGCAGGAUGUGCAUUUGAAGUGCACGUACAUUUUUUUUUUUGGUCUUAACUUGUCACAAUAAUGCAAGGUUUCUUUCUAUUAUUUACUCCUGGCUUUCACAAACUCUCACUAUUGCCAGUCACAGCUGGAAAAGAUUGUCGAUUGAGCAGUCUGAACAGUCCGUCUCCAGGUGGCGUUUGCUGUGCUUUUUUUUCUUUUUAAAUGGAGGCUUUUAUAGUUAGUGUUUUUUCUUAAUUGUUACUUUUUAAAUAAAAAAAAUCCUCCCUGAAACAGCUGUGUUUAACAAGUGCAGUUUAAGUCUGUGAUCAUGUUAGGGUUGUUUUGGGGUUUCUUUUUCUUCUCCCCUCGCAAUUGGCCACCAGGUGUAGCUGUUCAGUUAGAAUUUAUCUCUCUAAAAUGCAGAGCCUGUAGAUUUCGGAAGACUUUCUGUCGAUGUUGAGCAUGUUGGGAGCAAAGCCCCCUCAAGGUGCGUCAUGGAGAUUUGCCUCCCGCGUUGGCCCUACUCGGAGUCAACCCAGUGGAAAUGAAUGGGCACAACUGACUUUUGCUCCAUUCAUUUCAGUGGGUCUACUCAGAGUAGGACUCCAUCAGGCGACAAGUGGGUUUCCUGAAGGGACCGGUUUUUGCUGUGCUUUGGGUUGAGGAACAUUUGUGACUCACUUGCCCUGUAAACGCAGAUAGAGGGGUGCUCCUCUAUUCAGAUUUUUGGAACUUGGUCUCGCUUGAACCCCAAAUCUUCACCCUCCUAAGCGGGCAAAGGGAACUGUAAAUCAGAGUAGUGCUCAAAUGAGCUUGUGGAGGAGGGUGGGCAUGCUUCAGCCACUGGGUCAGGAGAUGACCCUCUCUUGGCUUCAAAUCUCACAGAGGCCUCUAGGCUUUGCCAGGGACGCUGUUUCUUAACCAACUUGGAAGAAUCUUCUCGUGGUUUGGACUUUUUCAGGCUCCAAGUUGAGAUGGCGUUGGCUUUUGGUGGGUGUUCUCCCAUGAAGGGGUGUUGAGGAUACCCUGCAUGUAGAAAAACCUAGCAUGGGAUGGAUGUCAACCUGGCAGAGGGUUUCUCUUGGUGUGUCCGAGAGAGAGAAUUCAGAUGUGUGCAUCUUCCACCCGUAAUAUGACAGCUAGGAGCAGCACAGUUCCAGAUUUUGUAGGUGGUUGUGAAGCUACUUGCUAGUUGUAUUUUACCACUGCCCGUGAUUGGCUCCCAAGGCCUUGGCAAAUGUGGUCGGAGCCCUGGUGUUGGCAGCUGCCGGCCCGAUCACCUUGGGGAGCCGAAGGUUAGAGCGACCAAAGUUGCUGGAAGACGUUGCUGGGCCCUCCUCUGUGACAGACAUGUGGGAGGCCUGUGGCCCUCCAGAUGUUGCUGAACUAACACCCCAUGCUGGGUUGGGACUGAUGGGAGUUGUAGUUCAGCAAUACCUGGAGGUUCCCCUAGCUCUGCCGCUGCAGAAUCUCUUCCCAUGUCAAAGAAAAAGAGCAUGUCAUAUAAUAGCUGAGGUGUGGCUUAUGGCUUGGUUUGAGAGGCCCCCACUCAAAUCUUUCCCAAAUCCUUUUGCCUCAGCCCAGAGGCGAAUGCUAGUGCCUUUUCUAAAUCGGCCGUGGCUCACUUUAUAAAGUCACAGGCUUCUCGAUUUCCAACUUAACAAAGGAAUAUUGGUGAGGUUGAAAGGCUCUUAAACUUCUAAAACCCACUUCGUUCCUUUUUUUAAAAAACCUUUGCCACAGGCUCAAAAUAAAGGGGGGCUUCCUGAGUAUUAAGAAUGUGAUAUUUCCCCUUUCCCUCCCCUUUCUAAAAAAAACACACUCUAGGCUGCUGCUUUUAUUCCCCUUUUUGUAGGUUUUUUUUAUAUAUAUAAAAAAACACCCACCCACCAAAUAAUUUGAUUCCUGGUUCUGCUGGAUGAUUUAAAAUAGUUGCAGAGGGUGGGGUAGCAAAAGCGGAGAGCAUUAAACCCAUGAGCCAUGUAGCUUAGAUAAUCAGUAAAUAUGUGCUUUGAUCAAUUUCUCUGCAAAUAGGUAUGGAAUAGUUGAAGCUAACUGGAUAGAUCCAUAUCUUUGGAAAGGAUAUCUUGUAGUGGGGAUGGGAGGGGGGGCGGUGCAGAUGACGUGCGGUAAGGAAUGACUUAAUAUCUGUAUUUAUAAAAACACUUUGGAGAUUUUGUGUUUAUUUUCCUUCUCUCCCCCCCCCCCUCCCCUUUUCUUCCUUCCUUUUUUUGAUUGAAUUUUAUUUAUAAUCGUUCUUCAAGUCGGGCUCCUGUACAUGCUUUUCAUCGGCUCUCUCAGCACGAGAAGAUCUUAAAUGUAUCUGUUUCUACAAAG